UAUUUGAUGUUAAACAACACUGAUUCGUACACACUCGAACUCUGGUCACACUAUCCGCCAACCGAAUAGCAGAGGAAAUAAUAUUUUUAUUUAUUUAGGGUCCUAUUGUGGGGAGUAUAUAACACGUCAAAUGCAGAAAACGUCAACGCUUUUGGUAGUCGCGUUGGCGCUACUCACUUUGGCAACUACAACAUCCGCCAAAUCCGAUGCAGGCAUUGUGGAUAUCCCCGUUUUUACGGACAUUCCCAACAUUCGGGAGCAACGUCCCCUGCUGGCCAAUACGAAAAUCUACGCACAAAUUAAGGGAUGCAUUUCCAAGGUGGAGACGGUCCUGAACAUAACAUUCCGGCUGACAGAGCAUCCUUGUAUCUUUGACGAUCGCAUCCUCCAAUCCAUAGCCGAGAAUCCCGCCCAGCAACAAAACGCUAGUAUAAACAACGUAUUAGUGGUGGUCAGCAAGUUGUAUACCUGUAACAAUGGCCUCAUCGCUCUCCUGCCGGACAAGGAGAAGACAGCGGAGGGACUGGCCGCCACCCCGGAACCCAAACAUCCCAUGAAGGAGAACAAGCACCCGCUUUCGCCCACAACAAACCCGAUUGCGAGCGUCAAAGAGGAUGGAAUCUACGAAAUUGAAGUGCUCAUCACACCGGUGCCAUCCCAAGCCCAGUUCAGCGCCGUGGUUCACAUUGAGUUCCUUGGACCGCACGGAUUUAUAUCGGCCAUAGACUGGCCAUUCCUACCAUUCUACUUGAUAAUGUGCAUUGUUUACGUUAUUUUCGGAAUCAUUUGGCUGUUUGUUUCGUUCGCCCAGUGGCGAGAUCUGCUGAGAAUUCAAUUCUGGAUCGGUGGCGUCAUCCUGCUGGGCAUGCUGGAGAAGGCCUUCUUCUACGCCGAAUACCAGACUCUGACCAACACGGGAGUGGCUGUCCAGCAUGCCGAAUUGGUGGCCGAGUUUGUGUCCUGCGCCAAGCGCACUCUGGCCAGGAUGCUGGUCAUCAUAAUGAGUCUGGGCUUUGGAAUUGUCAAACCCCGCUUGGGACCCAUGCUGCACCGCGUCGUGGGAGUCGGCACUCUUUACUUUGUCCUGGCUUGCGUGGAGAGUUACUUGCGCAUCACCAACGUAAAGAGUGAUCGGAGUGAGCUCCUGGUGGCCAGCAUACCCCUGGCAGUGCUGGACACUGGUAUCUGCUGGUGGAUCUUCACCUCUCUCGUCCAGACUACCCGAACUCUUCGACUGAGAAGGAAUAUGGUAAAGCUAUCGCUGUACAGGCACUUCACCAACACCCUAAUCUUUGCGGUUAUUGCUUCCGUCAUAUUUAUGCUGUUUGCCUUGCGUUUGCGUAGAACCGAGAACUGUACGCCUGGCUGGCGUGAUAUCUGGAUCGACACUGGCUUUUGGCACAUUCUGUUUUCCGUUUUGCUGCUGGUGAUUAUGAUCCUAUGGCGACCCACGAAUAACAAUCAACGCUACGCCUUCACGCCUCUGCUGGACAACCCGGAGGAUGAAGACGAAGAGGAUGAGGAGGAUCAGUUUGUGGCUGAUGCCUAUGGUGUGAAGAUGCGCGGCCAGAAUGGCACUCCAAAGACCUCAACUGCAACGCGAAAUGCCACCACAACCGAGGAGGAUGAUCUGCGCUGGGUGGAGGAGAAUAUACCAUCCUCAAUGGUGGAUCCGGCUCUGCCAGUUCUCGACUCGGAUGAGGAGAUCAUCAACACCAAGUUUGAGGUUUCCAAAAUGCAAUAAGCUGUGACUUUUCGCUGGACCUAAGAGACUUUAUGCAUAUUUGUUGCACACAUUCACACUUCCGGGUCGUGCCGCAGUAAAGCUGAAAUGCGCAAUGUGUUUUUAUUUAUAACCAAGAACUUUUACUGCUUUCCUAUACUGCUGAUCUUCCCCAUACCAGUCGGAGAUGGGCAUCUCUCCCUGCUCCAAAACCCGUGUAAAAUAUUGUAUGUAAUCGUAGUUACUUCUACGCUCACGUCCUCCCGCUAAAUAAAUCUAACUUAUUCGUAAUAAUACCUAGUCUAAGUUGUAGAUAACUAUGCGACGAAUCGUAAACUUAAUGGAUUUCGAUUUCGAUUUCGAUUUAAAUUUCAAUUUUUGAUUUAAAUGAUGAGCUAAAAACUUUGUCGCCUCCUUGUAUAUAGCUGGUAACACAAAGCGAAAACGAUCUAAACGAUAUAAAUGUACGAUUCUGUUAUAAUUAAUGAAGAAAAAAAGAACACAAUCUUUAUCUUCUGAUAAUCGAAAAUAAUUCAAAAAAUAAUUACCUACGUAAGCACACUAUCAAAUACGACACAACACACACACACCGUAACGUAUUUAAAUCUAUUUUCAAGCAAAAAAAUUAAGAUUUUUUCAUAAAUAAAUGCAAUCGUGUAUUGAAGGUAGAUAUAAA